AUGCUGAAGCUUCUGAUCACCUUCCUGCUGGCCGCCACGGCCUAUGGCUGCGGGGUGCCCACCUAUGCCCCUAACAGCCGCGUGGUGAACGGAGAAGAUGCCAGACCCCACAGCUGGCCCUGGCAGAUCUCCCUGCAGUAUAAGAGCGGGAGCACCUUCUCCCAUACGUGUGGGGGAAGCCUCAUCGCACCAAACUGGGUCAUGACAGCGGCACAUUGUAUCUCAUCAAGCCGUACCUAUCAGGUGGUGGUAGGAGAGCAUGACCGCAGCGUGCUGGAAGGAGAGGAGCAGGUCAUUUCUGUCAAUAAGGAGGACAUUUUUGUCCAUGAAGGGUGGAAAAGCACCUCUGUAUCAAAUGGGAAUGACAUAGCUCUCAUUAAAUUAUCCCACGUGGCUUUAUUGGAUAACGAGGUGCAGUUGGCGUGCUUGCCCCCUGCCGGAGAUGUGCUGCCCAAUAACUACCCAUGUUACAUCAGUGGCUGGGGCCGUCUGAACACUGGUGGCGCCCUCCCAAAUGUCCUCCAGCAGGCUCUGCUCCCAGUGGUGGAUCAUCAGACCUGCAGCCAGAGAGACUGGUGGGGCAGCACCGUGAAGACCACCAUGGUGUGCGCUGGUGGGGAAGAAAAGGCCGGCUGCAAUGGUGACUCUGGGGGACCCCUAAAUUGCCAGGCUGCUGAUGGCAGGUGGGAAGUCCAUGGCAUUGCCAGCUUUGUGUCUUCCCUUGGGUGCAAUGCUAGGAAGAAACCGACCGUCUUCACCCGCGUCUCUGCAUUCAAUGACUGGAUCGAUUACAUUAUCAGUAACAACUGAUGGCCACAAGGUGGCGUCACAAGAACUGACAGAAA